UUAUUUGUAUUGCAGUGGCACCUAGAGGCCCCAAACCAAGAUCGGAGCCCUGUUUGCACUAGGUACUCUACAAAUACACAGUGAGACAGUGUCCCUGACCUGAGCUCACAAUCUGAUAGACAGGACAAGGGGUGAGGAAACCGAGGCACAGAGAUUUGCCAGGGGUCACACAUCAGGUGGGUGUUGAAGCCUGGAACUGAACCAGGGAUCCUAGCACCCCUUCCGCUCACCAUGCUGCUUCCCCUAAUUGUUAAUGAUCGUUUGGCAAAUGUGAGUGCACAUUGUUCCAAGGUUCUUUCCACUAACCUGGCUUUCUCUGCAUCGUGCCUCCCUCUUUUCUCCCUCCCAGUCCCUCUCCCCUCCCUUCCCCAGGUCCCUCCUUCCGUCGUCACCGAGUGGUGUAUAAAUCCCCUUCUCUGGCAUAUUCCCCCAGCACGGCGGGACUGGAGACCCUGGCAAUUCAGUCCCUGGGGCACAAGCUGCAGCCACUGGUCUUUGGGUUGCUGGGACUUUGAACUCCUCGGCCCCGCCGCCCAAUCCCCGCUAGCUCGUUUCCAUAGGGGGCUCCCGGGCAUUUCUUGGUGGGUGAUUCCUCUGCUCCCGCUGCUGCACCAGGAUGUCGGAGAAACGCGCGGAGGAGGCGCCAGCAGAAGUGGGUGCCAAGGAAUUGAAAGAAAAGAAGGAAAAACUGGAGGAGAAGACUGUCUGCAAAGAAAAAAAGAAGGAGAUAAUAGAGGAUGAGGAAAAUGGUGCGGAGGAGGAGGAGGAGAAUCCUGAGGACGUGGAUGAAGAAGAGGCAGGAGAAGAGGAUGAAGAUGGAGAUGAGAAUGGGCAGGAGCAGGACGGACAUGCAGCAAAACGAUCUGGAGAGGAAGAAGAGGAGGAUGAAGUUGAUCCAAAGAGACAGAAGACAGAAAAUGGGUCUUCGGCUUGAGUUCUCUCUUCCCAUCCUUUUCUGCUCCAUCUGUCUCUCCUCCCUCCAUUCCAGCCUGUGCUUGCACUGUCAUUUAGCCUCUGGCUUCACACAAUCUCAGAUGAGGAAGGAUUAGAAAUGCUCUCCGACAGAAGAGGGCAUGGGACUAAGAGUUUCCCUUCCACCCCAAGUUCUAAAGCCUUCCUACGAUGCUCUGA